AUGGAUACUGAUAAUCCGGGAAACAAUAAUGCCAGCGUAACAUUCCAGGAUUUUAUCAGAUCAUUAAUAUCAGCAGCCGAUGAUCGAGAAAGAAUGGGUCCAUUACGUUCAGCUUUAUUGGGAAUGGUAGGCAACUAUAGAGACUGCAUAGUUGCUUGUGAACACCAAUUCAGUAAAAGAGGGAGUCCACAACUGGCGGAUGAUCAUAUUGAAGUUCAUUCGCGUUUAUCUAUUUUAUAUUUAGUAUUGAUUAAGAAUGAAUAUGGUAACACUUAUGAAUCUUUACUUAGAUUUCUCAACCGAGUACAUAAUUCCACAUUUGAUUGA